GGGAAAGUGGAAGCAGACAGGAGGGGGUUUAUGCGAUUUAUUCUUUUCUCCUUAUUCCUGUCGAGGUUUUAACUUUUAAACUCGGAAGCAUAGCUGAGUCACGGUCACAUACUUCACCUACCCGAUCAUCCCAUUUGACGCAACGUGCAUGAUAAUGGCUCCAGCCGUCCUAGUUUGGGACAGAAAGGACACAAGUUGAAUCGAGACUUGUGUUUCCAUCCAGCGGUUUUUGGUGUUUUUACGCACAUCUGUAGGGCAUAAUAAAACAUACCUGGAAGAGCAUGAAGGCCUGAUCUGGGAACAGUUUGCUCAGGAACACACUUGUGGACGUCACUGAAGUUCCCAACAGGAGGUCGACUUCAUUGCAUUUUUCCACUGAACUGAUCUCUAACGAGCCACCUCGCCUGAGGCAACACAGUGGGCUGGCCUGCUGUUAGACUGUCUUUUGCUACCUGUGAACCACCACCGCCAUCAUGCAGACCUCAUCGCUGCGCCGCCAGAUGAAAAACAUGGUCAACAACUACACAGAGGCCGAGAUCAAGGUCCGAGAGGCAACCUCCAACGACCCCUGGGGCCCUCCCAGCUCGCUCAUGUCUGAAAUUGCAGACCUGACCUUCAAUGUCGUGGCAUUCACGGAGGUUAUGGGGAUGAUCUGGAAGCGGCUCAACGACCAUGGUAAAAACUGGCGCCAUGUUUAUAAGGCACUGACCCUGCUGGACUACCUGAUCAAAACAGGCUCCGAACGUGUGGCCACGGAGUGCCGGGAGAACAUUUACACCAUCCAGACACUGAGAGACUUCCAGUACAUAGACCGAGACGGACGUGACCAGGGUGUCAACGUCCGGGAGAAGGCCAAGCAUCUGGUGGCUCUGCUGAGGGAUGAGGAAAAGCUGAAGAAGGAGAGGAGCCAGGCACUGAAAACCAAGACGCGCAUGGCGAGCAGUGGGUUAGGCUCUGGAUCGCUGCCUCCUCCGUACCCAGGGCGUCGCACAAGCCAGCCCACUUCGGCGGGUGCCCAUGGGGAUGAGUCCGGUCGGUGCAGAGGCUCACCAUCCUCCUUUCACUCCUCCUCUUCCUCUCCUCGACUUGCUCCAGACCUGGAGCAAGCUCGGCCCGCGACCAGUGGAGAAGAGGAGCUGCAGCUGCAGCUGGCCCUGGCUAUGAGCCGAGAAGAAAGUGAAAAGUCACCUCCCACAUUGGAUAUUGAUGAACAGACCCAGCUCCAGAUCGCUAUGACUCUCAGCAAGGAGGACACUAAGAAGCCUGCCCCACCUGCACCUCCUGCAUUGGAGAUGGAUGAGGACGCCCAGCUCCAGUUAGCCCUGAGCUUGAGUAAAGAGGAGCACCAGCAGGAGCAACUCAGUCGCCAAGGAGACGAGACAUUGCUCAAGAAAGCUCUGGAGGAAAGCAAACGUGAGAUGGAGACUAAAGGCGGGACUGCCUUCAUGGACCUUGUAGACGUAUUUGCAGUCCCAUCAGAUCCGCCUCCUAGCGGCCACCAUUGGAACAAUGCCGCGCACCAGGCAGCUGCUCUCCCGGGGGGCACAGACCCUUGGGACUCCCUGGAAGGCAGCACCAACCCCUCAAGAGCAGAUCCUCCCUGGAUGGCACCACCACCUUCCAAUAGCCCUCCACCACCGUGGGAGCCUCCAGCUGACCCCUGGGAUGGCCCGUCGAACAACAUCAACGCCACAGGCCGAGAAUGGGGCUUUGCGGCCAGCACAGCCUCUUCAGGGGUCGAUCCAUUCUCAGCACUCAAGGGAGCUGUCAGGGAAUCUUCUCCUCGCACUGGAAGCCCCUCAGAUGGGGAUCUGUUCGAUGAAGCCAUGGAUGGAGGUCAGGUGAAUUUGAAUGGGGGAAGGGAGGGCAGCCCUGAGCUAUUUGACAUGUCACGUCUCGGAGAAAGCCUGGCCGCCCCCAGCCCACGUAAAUGCCGGACACCUGAGGCCUUCCUUGGCCCCACAGCGGCUUCCUUGGUAAACCUGGACAGCUUGAUCCCAGCCAAUCCUCCACCCAAGACCUUGAACCCCUUCUUGUCAGGCCUAAGUGCUCCUUCACCCAACAAUCCAUUCCAAGCUGAGCAGCCCAAACUGACUCUGAAUCAAAUGGGCUCCGGCUCCAUCUCUUCAGCUCCCCAGGGCACUUCUCUUCCAUACAGUGCCUCCUUGCCCCUGCCUACGAGCCACCAGCCUGCCAGCCUCCCCUCGUCACUCACUCACCCCACCCAGCCCGGUCUGGGCCUGCCGGUGGCCCUCCCUGAGCCCUUGUUACCCUUCUCAUCAGCCAGCACUGAGGGAUCACAGGCUGCACAGAGCAGUCAGAACCCUUUCUUGUGAGGACCAACUAAACUGGAGAAGAUGUCUUAUAGGAAAAAAAAAGGGGAAUGCCAUUAGGUUAUGCUCUUGAAAUAUAACUCUUAACUGCAGACUGAACGUCAGUCCCAUGGACUUGUAUGGAAACCCUAUUCUUAGUUGUUUUUAUAUUGUGUUAUAAAACAGUAACCCUUAGAUUGAUGCAAGCUGGUUCUGCUCCUCACUGCAACACUGUCCUCUUAUCAUAUAUGCAGUAACACGAUAUAAAAGUGAUAACGCCUUUGUAUCAGAAACCAUUAGUGUCAUGUAAACCUCCUUUAAGGCCAUAACCUACUGCAAACUGAAUUCAGAAAAAAAACACAUACACAAAAGCACAGUUUGAUAAUAUUUUGUCAUCACUUCACUCAGCCACAAUUAUCAGGCGAAUGUAUUACGGCUUUUUAAGUAGUCAACAAGCCUCCUGCUCACUCAGCUGUUUGUGUGUUCGGCUUAGCUGGCUACUGCUGCUGUCAUAUACAAAUAUAAAAAAUAGAUUUCUGUAAAGAGACAAGAGUUAGAGACCUUUCCGAUUCUUGAAAUGAUGGUGCAUCAACUCAAGUUAACUUUGUGGAGCUUCUGUUGAACCAGAACUGAUGAGGAACAUCAGUGUCUACAUGAUUUUACCAUUAGUGCAAUGAACUGCUGGGAUUAACUGAAUGAAAUGAUAGUUUGGGAGAACUGGAAGUGCUUCAGAAUCUACUAUAAGCAAGGCAACAUUAGAAAAUGUAUGAAUCAUGAGUUUUAUUCAUUGCUUGUGAACCACUGACUCUCAUCAAAUAUAAGGGUAUAAUUGGAA